UACACAAUAUAGCUGCCAAAAUGGCGGCGAGUGAUAGCAAGGCUCCAUUACGUUUUGUUAAAAAAGUGCAAUUUGGAAUAUUGAGUCCUGAUGAAAUUCGGCGUAUGUCUGUUACCGAUGGCGGUAUACGUUUUCCAGAAACCAUGGAAGGAGGACGUCCAAAAUUGGGCGGUCUCAUGGAUCCACGACAAGGAGUUAUUGAUAGAAAUUCACGAUGCCAAACGUGUGCGGGAAAUAUGUCUGAAUGUCCUGGACAUUUUGGACAUAUAGAUCUAUCAAAACCAGUCUUUCAUGUCGGUUUUAUUACCAAAACAAUUAAAAUAUUGCGAUGUGUUUGUUUUUACUGCAGUAAACUGUUAGUCAGCCCUACAAAUCCUAAAAUUAAAGAAAUUGUAAUGAAAUCCAAAGGACAGCCACGUAAACGAUUGGCCUUUGUAUACGAUUUAUGCAAAGGUAAAAAUAUUUGUGAAGGUGGUGAUGAAAUGGAUAUUAAUAAAGAAGAUGAUGGUAGAGGAAUAAGUACAGCGAAACAAACUCACGGAGGUUGUGGUCGCUAUCAACCAAAUAUUAGACGUGCUGGAUUAGAUUUAACAGCUGAGUGGAAACACGUUAAUGAAGAUUCGCAAGAGAAAAAAAUCCCAUUAAGUGCAGAACGAGUUUGGGAAAUUCUUAAACAUAUUACAGACGAAGAAUGUUUUAUAUUGGGUAUGGAUCCAAAAUUUGCUAGACCUGAUUGGAUGAUUGUAACUGUCCUACCAGUUCCUCCAUUACCUGUACGACCAGCUGUUGUUAUGUAUGGCAGUGCUAAAAAUCAAGACGAUUUAACACACAAACUUUCAGAUAUUAUAAAAUCGAACAAUGAAUUAGCUCGAAAUGAACAAGCGGGUGCAGCUGCACAUGUUAUUUCCGAAAAUAUUAAAAUGUUACAAUUUCAUGUUGCAACACUUGUUGAUAAUGACAUGCCAGGUUUGCCAAGAGCAAUGCAGAAAUCUGGUAAACCAUUAAAAGCGAUUAAAGCCCGAUUAAAGGGAAAAGAAGGACGUAUUCGUGGUAAUUUGAUGGGUAAACGUGUUGAUUUUUCAGCACGUACUGUAAUUACACCGGAUCCAAAUUUACGUAUUGAUCAAGUCGGCGUACCACGUUCAAUUGCACAAAAUUUAACAUUCCCGGAAAUUGUAACGCCAUUCAAUAUCGAUAAAAUGAUGGAAUUAGUACAGCGUGGUAAUUCACAAUAUCCUGGUGCUAAAUAUAUUGUUCGUGAUAAUGGUGAACGUAUUGAUUUAAGGUUUCAUCCAAAACCAUCAGAUUUACAUUUACAAUGUGGCUACAAAGUUGAACGACAUAUUAAAGAUGGUGACUUAGUUAUUUUCAAUCGACAACCUACUUUGCACAAGAUGAGUAUGAUGGGUCACAGAGUUAAAGUACUACCAUGGUCAACAUUUCGAAUGAACUUAUCAUGUACCUCACCAUACAAUGCUGAUUUCGAUGGUGAUGAAAUGAAUUUACAUGUUCCGCAGAGUAUGGAAACGAGAGCUGAAGUUGAAAAUAUUCAUAUUACCCCGCGACAAAUUAUUACACCACAAGCUAACAAACCCGUCAUGGGUAUUGUACAAGAUACGUUAACAGCUGUACGAAAAAUGACUAAACGUGAUGUAUUUAUUGAAAAAGAGCAAAUUAUGAACAUUUUAAUGUUCUUGCCAAUUUGGGAUGGUAAAAUGCCACAACCGGCCAUAUUAAAACCAAAACCGUUAUGGACGGGAAAACAAAUCUUUUCUUUAAUUAUUCCUGGUAAUGUCAAUUUAAUUCGUACACAUUCCACACAUCCUGAUGAUGAAGAUGAUGGGCCAUAUAAAUGGAUAUCACCAGGAGAUACAAAAGUUAUGGUCGAACACGGCGAAUUAAUAAUGGGAAUUUUAUGUAAAAAGACACUUGGUGCUUCAGCGGGUUCGUUGCUUCACGUUUGUUUCUUGGAACUUGGACAUGAAGUUUGUGGAUUGUUUUAUGGUAAUAUUCAAACAGUAAUUAACAACUGGCUUUUAUUAGAAGGUCACAGCAUUGGUAUUGGGGAUACUAUUGCUGAUCCUCAAACAUAUUUAGAAAUUCAAAAUUCCAUCAAGAAAGCUAAAGAGGAUGUAAUAGAAGUUAUCCAAAAAGCUCACAAUAUGGAAUUGGAACCGACUCCUGGUAAUACGUUGCGACAGACUUUCGAGAAUCAAGUAAACAGAAUAUUGAACGAUGCUCGUGACAAAACUGGUGGUUCUGCUAAAAAAUCACUUACUGAAUACAAUAACUUAAAGGCUAUGGUCGUUGCUGGUUCUAAAGGUUCAAAUAUUAAUAUCUCUCAGGUUAUUGCUUGUGUGGGACAACAAAACGUCGAAGGUAAACGAAUUCCAUUUGGUUUCCGUAAACGCACAUUACCACAUUUUAUCAAAGAUGAUUACGGUCCUGAAUCUAGAGGAUUCGUCGAAAAUUCAUAUCUUGCCGGUUUAACACCUUCUGAAUUCUAUUUCCACGCUAUGGGAGGUCGUGAAGGUCUUAUUGAUACCGCUGUAAAAACUGCUGAAACUGGGUAUAUCCAACGUCGUCUUAUAAAGGCUAUGGAAAGUGUAAUGGUAAAUUAUGAUGGUACGGUACGUAAUUCAGUAGGUCAACUUAUUCAGUUACGUUACGGUGAAGACGGUUUGUGCGGAGAGAUGGUAGAAUUUCAAACAAUGCCUACUAUUAAAUUAUCCAAUCGUGCAUUUGAACGACGAUUUAAAUUUGAUCCAUCAAACGAACGAUAUUUACGGCGUAUAUUUUCUGAAGAUGUUAUUAAACAAUUACUGGGUAGUGGUGGAGAUGUUAUCCAAGAAUUAGAACGUGAAUGGGAACAAUUAGUUAAAGAUCGUGAAACUUUACGACAAAUUUUCCCAAGUGGUGAGAACAAAGUUGUACUACCAUGUAAUUUACAGCGAAUGAUUUGGAAUGUACAGAAAAUUUUUCAUAUUAAUAAACGUGCUCCAACUGAUUUGAGUCCGUUACGUGUCAUACAAGGAGUUCGUGAUCUAUUGAAGAAGUGUGUUAUUGUAGCCGGUGAAGAUCAUUUAUCAAAACAAGCCAAUGAGAACGCUACACUUUUAUUCCAGUGUCUUAUACGAUCCACACUUUGUACUAAAUGUGUAUCCGAAGAUUUCCGAUUAAGUUCCGAAGCAUUUGAAUGGUUGAUUGGAGAAAUUGAAACUCGAUUCCAACAAGCACAAUGCGCACCAGGUGAAAUGGUUGGUGCGUUAGCUGCACAAAGUUUGGGUGAACCUGCUACUCAAAUGACAUUGAACACUUUCCAUUUUGCUGGUGUAUCGUCCAAAAACGUAACCCUUGGUGUACCACGUCUAAAAGAAAUUAUUAAUAUCAGUAAAAAACCAAAAGCUCCAUCUCUAACCGUAUUUUUAACUGGCGCAGCUGCACGUGAUGCAGAAAAAGCUAAGAAUGUUUUAUGUCGAUUGGAACAUACCACAUUAAGAAAAGUUACUGCGAAUACGGCUAUUUAUUACGAUCCAGACCCACAAAAUACAGUCAUCACUGAAGAUCAAGAGUUCGUUAAUGUUUAUUAUGAAAUGCCUGACUUCGAUCCAACAAGGAUAUCACCUUGGUUGCUACGUAUAGAAUUAGAUCGUAAACGUAUGACAGAUAAAAAAUUGACUAUGGAACAAAUUGCUGAGAAAAUUAACGCUGGAUUUGGUGAUGACUUAAAUUGUAUAUUUAACGAUGACAAUGCUGAAAAACUAGUGUUACGUAUUCGAAUCAUGAACUCUGAUGACGGAAAAUUUGGUGGAGAAGGUGGCGAAGAAGAAGUGGAUAAAAUGGAGGAUGAUAUGUUCUUGCGUUGUAUUGAAGCUAAUAUGCUUAGUGAUAUGACAUUGCAGGGAAUUGAAGCUAUUGCCAAAGUAUACAUGCAUUUACCACAAACAGACAGUAAAAAAAGAAUUGUUAUUACCGAUACUGGUGAAUUUAAAGCAAUCGCUGAGUGGCUUUUGGAAACUGAUGGUACUUGUAUGAUGAAAGUAUUAUCUGAACGUGAUGUAGAUCCCGUACGAACAUUUAGUAACGAUAUUUGUGAAAUUUUCUCUGUAUUGGGUAUUGAAGCUGUACGUAAAUCUGUAGAGAAAGAAAUGAACGCUGUAUUGCAGUUUUAUGGUCUUUACGUAAACUAUCGACAUCUUGCUUUGCUUUGUGACGUAAUGACAGCUAAAGGUCACUUGAUGGCUAUCACACGUCACGGUAUUAAUCGACAAGAUACUGGUGCACUUAUGAGAUGUUCCUUCGAAGAAACUGUAGAUGUGUUGAUGGAUGCUGCUAGUCAUGCUGAAGUUGAUCCUAUGCGUGGUGUAUCUGAAAAUAUUAUCAUGGGUCAAUUACCGCGAAUGGGAACAGGUUGUUUCGAUUUAUUACUUGAUGCUGAAAAAUGUAAAGCCGGUAUUGAGUUACCUCUGGGUAUUGGAAUGGGAGGUGGAUUAGGAAUUGGUAUGGGUGGAAUGGGUGGAAUGUUCUUUGGAACACAAGCAACACCAAGUAUAUCACCCGGUACACCAUGGACUAUGGGUACUCCAUCUUAUGCAUCUGCCGGGUGGUCACCAGGACAAGGUCUUGGUUCUGGUAUGACACCAGGUGGACCAAGCUUUUCACCAAGUGCUGCUAGUGAUGCAUCUGGUAUGAGUCCUGCGUAUGCCUCACCGUUUUCACCUGGUCAAAUUUCCAGUCCAAUGUCACCAUAUGUGCCAUCUGGAGGUGGACAAUCUCCAAAUUAUUCACCUUCAAGUCCAUCAUUCCCACCGACUUCACCAAGUAUGACACCUACAUCGCCUGGCUAUAGUCCAACUUCACCAUCGUACUCUCCGACUUCACCGAAUUAUUCUCCAGCUUCACCAAGUUAUUCACCAACUUCUCCUUCAUAUUCACCAACAUCUCCAAGCUAUUCUCCAACGUCUCCAUCAUAUUCUCCUACAUCACCUUCAUAUUCUCCUACAUCACCAUCUUAUUCACCUACUUCUCCUUCUUAUUCCCCGACGUCUCCGUCAUAUUCACCGACUUCUCCUUCGUAUUCACCUACAAGUCCUUCAUAUUCUCCUACCUCACCAUCUUAUUCGCCUACCUCACCUAGUUAUUCACACACGUCACCAUCAUAUUCACCAACAUCUCCCAGCUAUUCUCCAACAAGUCCUUCUUAUUCACCAACGUCACCCAGCUACUCUCCAACUUCACCAUCGUAUUCUCCAUCAAGCCCACGCUAUACACCAGCUUCACCAAGCUAUUCUCCAACGUCACCAAGUUAUUCGCCAUCAUCUCCACAAUAUUCACCAGCUUCACCAAGCUACUCACCAUCGUCACAUAAAUAUUCACCAACAAGUCCUAGUUAUUCUCCAACAUCUCCAUCAUUUGCUGGAGGUAGUCCUCAAUAUUCACCUACAUCACCGAGCUAUUCUCCAACAUCUCCAAGCUAUUCUCCUUCAUCUCCACAACAUACACCAGCAGCCAGUACAAGAUAUUCACCAUCAUCUCCAAAUUAUUCCCCAUCAAGUCCCAGUUAUUCUCCAGCCUCGCCACAAUAUUCACCAACAGGAAGCUCAAAAUAUUCACCAACAUCCCCAACAUACACACCAACGUCUCCUUCUUAUAGUCCAGCUAGUCCUGCUUAUAGCCCAGCACAAUCACCUAGAUAUUCACCCAAUUUCCCUAGCUAUUCGCCAACAAGCCCUACUCAUGAUCCUGAUAAUUAAAUAUAAGAUUUGGAGGGUGUCUUUUCUUUUAGUUUAAAUUAAUUAAUUAAAUCU